CCCAGCACCGUAGGACGGCCAAGCACCUUAGCACGCCCCAGCACCCUAGGACGCCCCAGCACCGUAGGACGGCCAAGCACCUUAGCACACCCCAGCACCCUAGGAUGGCCCUGUACCUUAGCACGCCCCAGCACCCUAGGACGCCCCAGCACCGUAGGACGGCCAAGCACCUUAGCACACCCCAGCACCCUAGGAUGGCCCUGCACCUUAGCACGCCCCAGCACCCGAGAACGGCCCUGCACCGUAGGAUGGCCGAGCACCCUAGGACGCCCCGGCACUCCAGCACGCCCGAGCACCGUCGAACGGCCCACUGUGGCACCAGACCCUCAAAGAAUGCGUACCCCAUGUCAACCACAAAAUUUCAAAGGAAGGUGUUUUCUAUGUUGUUUGAUUUAAAAGAUCAACUUCAGAAAGUAUCCGGCAUUCUUGACCCUGGCAGGUCUACCGCAACUAUAAAAAAAAUGGAAUCUGAGAGUGACCUAAAAAUCUUUGAAGAUAAAAUUCAAGAUGUUGAUAAUCGGUUGAUCUGCGUCCAGCAACUGUCCAGAAUCGGUGGGUCUACAAUAAGAGACUGUGUGAACAAAGUAAUGAACAGGUAUUUUUCUUGAAUUGUUGACUUUUGUAUUGCGGCAUAACCAUAAUGAUAACCAACCAUAAUUAACCUAGCCAUUUAUAUUACUUGAAUGUAAUCUGUCACGCAUCACUUUUUCUGAAGUUUUAAUAAGUCCGUACUGGCUCAAACAGUCAGCCAGACUGAAAACAAGAAAUCAAAACAUGAUUUCAGUGUAAACCAUGAACGACAUUCAUUACUUGUCACCAAAGCACUUGUUACAUGAUCGAUGAGUAGUUUUGAAAGUUUGUUUUAACAUUGCAUGCAACUGCUAUGAUGCACUAUACUGUUAAUUGUGAUUUAUUGACCUUAUUUGGAUAUUUUUUCUAAGGUUAAGUAAUCUUUUUUUUUUUUUUUUUUUCACAGAGUGAUGUCCAAUGCUUUAAUGGCCAAGUUGAACAUGAGGGGUGGUGGCCAGCUUGAAAAAAAGCCAUUUAAAGCCACACCUUUGUAUAAUUUAAUUCAAGGUAAUUUGGGGCAUAUGCUGUUUUUUUUUUGUUUUUUUUUACUAAUCUAGCACACUUUUAAUCUUUUUUUUUUUUUUUUUUACUUUUCAUUCAUGAAAUGGGUGCAAAUUCUUGUUCGUUUUAUCUUUUAAUUUAGUUAUAGGACCAUAAAAACCUCUUUAAAAUAAUUGAAUUCUCUUCUAAAAAUGUUUUAUUUUUAUUUUUUUACCUGGUUUCAAGUGAUUAUGUAUUUAAAUGAUGCAUGAAUGUUCCCAAACACUAUGACAGUGUGAUCUAUGUGUGACAUAUGUGAUGAUUGUCAUAUUUCUAUAAAAAUCUAAAAUGCAUGUUUGUAUUCAAGUAAAAAUUAAUGAUAAAUACACCUUUCAUAUAGAAUUAAAUAGCAGGCACUUGAGUGUCUUGUUCAUAUUUAUUUUCAUAUAAAAUCAACAGAACUGAAAUUAUGUUUAUUAGCAACACAUCAGGUGAGUGUAAAUCCCCCACCCUCAAAAUGUAAAGUGCUUUGAGUGCAUAGAAAAGCACUAUAUAAAUGUAAGGAAUUAUUAUUAAUUAUUAUUAAAUAACGCAAUAUCCGCCUUUGAUCUCGAAGGUAUCUGUUCCACUUCGAGAGGGCAGAACUGUCCAUCUUGACUGUGCUUAUUUCACUCCUCCCCUCACUGCA